CCCGCCGCCAGCCGGGCCGUGCGGAGCAGCGCGGCAUGGCGCUGCGCGGCUGCCUGCGGGCCGGCCGAGCGGCUCUGCUCGCCGCGGGGCCGCCGGGGCUGCCCGCCCGCCGGGGCUGCGCCGGGGGCCGGCCGCCGGCCUUCGGUUUCCUCUUCGACAUCGACGGGGUGCUGGUGCGGGGCAGCCAGGUGGUGCCCGCCGCACGAGAGGCUUUCCGGAGGUUGUCGGACGCGGGCGGGCGGCUGAGGGUGCCCGUGGUUUUCCUGACCAACGCCGGCAACUGCUUGCGGGCGGCCAAGGCCCGAGAGCUGUCCCAGGCGCUGGGGCUGCAGGUGUCUCCGGAGCAGGUGAUCCUGUCCCACAGCCCGCUGCGGCUCUUCAACCAGUUCCACCCCAAGUGCAUGCUGGUGGCCGGGCAGGGGCCCGUGGAGGAGAAUGCCCGCAACCUGGGGUUCAAGCACGUGGUCACCAUAGAGGAGCUGAGGAAGGCGUAUCCCCUGUUAGACAUGGUGGAUCAGAGCCGGAGGCCAAAGGAGUUGCCUCCUCCAACCACUGGCUUCCCCACUAUAGAAGGGGUGGUUUUGUUUGGUGAGCCAGUGAGGUGGGAGACAAGCCUGCAACUUAUUAUUGACGUGCUCUUGAGCAAUGGGAAGCCUGGGGCAGAGCCAGGAGGUGUACCAUACCCCCAUCUGCCUGUCCUUGCCUGCAACAUGGAUCUCCUAUGGAUGGCUGAAGCCAAAAUGCCGAGGUUUGGCCACGGCACUUUCCUUCUCUGCUUGGAGAACAUCUACAAGAAGGUGACAGGCCGGGAGCUGAAGUAUGAGGCCUUGAUUGGCAAACCCAGCACAGUCACCUACCGCUAUGCUGAAUACCUGAUCAAAGAGCAGGCUGAGAAACACGGCUGGAAGGCUCCCAUCCGACGCCUAUAUGCAAUUGGGGACAAUCCUAUGUCUGAUGUCUAUGGGGCAAACCUCUACAACAACUACCUCAAGUCAGCUCAACAGAACCAGGUCGAGGCUGGGGUGAAGAGGAUCCCACAGGCAGCCAAUCCCCAAACUGAGGACCGCCUUACAGUGGAGAGCUGUGAGUCGAUUCUGGUCUGCACUGGGGUCUACCGCCACAAUGCAGAUGUUUCCAGGAAGCCAGAAGAGUGCAACACAGAGACUGUGUUCCACGGCCAUCGGGACUUCUGCUUUGACCCCAGCCUCGUGGAGGCAUCUUACAUAGUGCAGGAUGUGAAUGAAGCUGUGCAACUUGCUUUUGAGAAGGAGAACUGGAGUUAGGGUUAAAGACAGGCGUGCCUAAAGAACUGCUGUCAGGGCAGAGGGGAAGAAUGGAGAGAGACCUGGGUUGAUCUAAUCUAGUCAACGCUGAAGAGGUCUCCCCAUUUCAGCACUAAAAGUCCAUUACUUUUGCUAAUAAUCUUCCACCAUCCUGUCAGCAGGCAUUUAAUUGUGAACUUAAAUUUCUGUGAUCACAGUUUGAGCCAUAAUAGAAACGGGACAUAAGGGAAAGGCUUGUCCCAGCAAUCUCAGUUUUGUUCAGCCACCAGAGUCCUUUCUUUCCUACCCUUUGUGCAUGAGGAUCAGGCAAGCGAUCUUUGAGGAUGAAGCUCUUCCCUGUGCAAGGAGCUGCCAUCAGCCAGUGUACCAUUCAUACACUGUACUAUUCAUCCAGUGUGUGACAAGAGCACACCAGAAACUGUGUUGUGGUGGCCCUCUGCCAAGGGAAGGCUUUAAGUCUUACCAUUCUCCUUAUAAAGAAUAAGUGCCUAUGGACUUUAACAAAUUCUGCUUCCUUGGGGAUUUGCCACUGCAUUGAUGUCAGCCUGAAACAAAGUCCCAUUUUGCAGCUCUCCAGCAGCGAUGGAGGGCCAGGGCCCCUCAAAGGAAGCAGCAGUAGCCAGAACAACUUGCUGCAGGGCCUCAUGGGAAGCCAUUAUUCCCUCCCCCCUCUUUAACAUUCUGUGAGCACUUCUGCCUUUUUGCAUCCUGCCCAGGGAGCCAUCAGCCUGUUCUCAAUAGCAGGAGAAAUCACUGCGGAGUUUGCAUUUCCAGAGGUGUCUGGCCAGAACUCAGUGUUACAGCAGGAAGGUGUCGUGGCACUCACCCUGACCCCAGCCGAUGCAAGGGACAUUGCCCUGCUCCAGCUGACACAGCUCCCAAACAAGGGGCACUGAGAGCAAGGGCCAGCCAACACAAAUCACAGCCCAGCCUUUUUCUUACUUUGCCUGCAGUGACUGAGAAAAGAGAUUGUCAAGCCUUAGCCCCGCAUUCCAAGUCUUCAUCUCUGAGAGUAGAAGUAUAUCUGUCCUUCACUUUCUUUCUUCCACUUUCCACGUUUGGUUUGCAACUCAGGAAUACCCCCGUAUGGUCUGAUCCCUGUUCCCUGCUCUUCCUGUAGCUUGCAAAUAGAGUCUCUUUAACAUGAAUUAGCACCUGGGACUUUUCUGUCUGGGAACAUCUCUAUGUCCCUACUGACACGCAUCUUCUACUGCCUGUUUUCCUAGCUUGGGCUAUCUGGAUCAAGUCCCGUGUUUCCUUAGACAAUCCAAAGAAGUUAAGCAAGCACUGUUUGGGGAACUCCAUGUGAAAGAUUGAAUUAGCAAGGGGUGUCAUAAUUCCAGAGGAAGCACUGUGAUUUCAGAAGCAUAAGUCAGUUUGCAUUUGCAAUGGAAAGCAUUUGGAACCAACACAACAGAGUCGGUGUUCCCAGUUAUAUCCAGCCUGCACCACAUAGAGAUCAGAAAUAGGUCUGCUCUGCCCCCACUUCACUUCUUCUUGCUUUACCAGGCAGCUUCACACACGUGGUAUGAGCAAGAUAUUCUGUGUUGUUCUUAGUUAAAAUCUCAGCAUCCCUGUGCACUGACAUUCUGCUUCAACAGCUUGAUGUACCUUCCUAGGAAGGUCAAACUGGUUCUUGUUUUGUUGGGUUCUAUGACUGAAUGGGUUUUGGUACAUAGUCAAAGACCCAAGCAGAGAUGGCUUUUUUCUCCAGGUUUUGUUUUCUGAAUAGGAGCAAGAAAAAUACUCCCCUGGGUCAAUUUACCUGUUGUGAAAUCAGUAACAGGAAAGAUCCUCUUCUUCUCUUAGUACUAGCUGGGAUUCUUUUCCUUUGUCUUAUCAGAACAAGAAUAAUUUGUCUGCUUCUAAGAGUGGAACACUCUUUGAUUUGAAUCCUUUGCCUUUCACUGGAAGGAUAAAAACAAAAAGCAGAAGUCCAUUUCAUCUACUUGCACAAAACAAGGGCUCACCUAGAGUUCUCUGAAGGAUAAAUACAGGAAAGGACUUGGCAUAAAACAGCUUUCAGAGCAUCUCCAGUGUUGCAGGCACCCUAUGGAUCCAGUGUGCAAGGCCUGAUACUUGAGACCCAAGUCCCGUUCAUUAACUAACUUCAGUGUCCCUCAGCCACGGAACAGAGAUGAGGCCCUGUCCAGCAAAGGGACAGGUUUGCAUUUGCACAGAGAGUGAGCAGGCAUCUCUACCUUUAGAACAGCAGCGAUGGAGAACUGACUGAUGGGAAUCAGCUUUGGCUUCCAAAUUAGCUUUCAGCUCCAGAUCUUUUCUGAACCGUGUUAGUGUUAAAACAGUGCUCUGGGAGUCUUUAAAGCGUGUAGGAGGAACUUCAGCGAUAAGGAAUUCAAGAAAUGCUUCACUUGAGGGUUGAAAUUGAGCAGAGGGGAGUAGCCUAGAAUAAAUCUCAUAGCGGGCUCCUUGCUUAUCGGCAGCUCAUCCACAGACAUCUGUUACUGCUAGAAUUCAGUCAAAUCCUUUCUCCUUGGAAUUGCAGUUUCCUGGAAUGAGCUGCAAGAGUGGCUGGAACGCAUCCUUUCCUGUAUCUCAUGUAUUGCAUUUCAGAUGCCACGUUGCUCUGGCUUGGGGUAAGCAUACUUGUGUGCAAAUCAAUGGACCAAGCAAGGACAGGGGGCUUCACUCGUUCUGAUCCUUUAAUAUUCAUAUGGUGCACUACCUUAUGCAACAGACAGUGAAGACCUGAUCCUAACAGCUCCAUCUUCCACAGAUGGGGAGGUUUUAGGCAAGUCUAAGGGAAGUACGUUGUGAGUUCAGGCAGCUGAGAAUAACAGGGGGGAACUGAAGGUGGGACUGACCUCAUUUUGGAUCUGAAGCAGAGAGCUUUUAUGUCAUGCAAUAACAUGGGGGUCAGAGAGGACAAUUCUGUUAUUCCACAGGGCAAAUAUAACCACUAACCUGGCAUUCAGGGAAUCACACAACACUACUGUACCCUUUCUUCCAGCCUUAAUCCUGGUGUGUCUUUCUACCCUUCCCUCCCCCACACCAUAGAUGGGUAAUGUUUCAAAUUCUGUCAUGUACACUGUAUUGGGGUGAUUAUAUAUGGUACAAAGAAAUCACAAGAUGUGUUUGUUUUAGCAUUCAAAUCAAGUUUAACCCAGAUCCAGAGCUGCUCCUUUGAAUUAGCACAUUAAAAAAAUAAUAAAAGAGGUUUUCUUUGAAAUAAAUUGUAGCACGCUGUGUGUA